CCAUAAAUAUAACAAACGGUAAAUGGGAGUUUCUGAUCCACAAAGAGUACUUCCAAUAAAGAUGAUCUCUUUCUCAUCCUCCUUCCAAAUGUCCAACAUCCCCUGCCUCUUCACACUCGCAACCAUCCUUGCACUCACCAUCUUCAUCAUCCGAAAACAGAGGACCAAAACCACCGCCGCUUCAAACCUGCCGCCGGGACCAUGGAAGCUCCCCGUAAUCGGCAACCUCCACCAGUUGGUCGGCGACCACCCCCACCGCCGGCUCAGGGAUCUCGCCCGCAAAUACGGCCCCGACGUGAUGCACCUCCAGCUCGGGGAGCUCCCUCACAUCGUAAUCUCAACCCCUGAAGCCGCCAAACUGGUGAUGAAAACCCACGACUUAGCCUUCGCUUCAAGGCCUUCUCUCCUGGUCGCCGACAUAAUCUACUACGGCGGCAAGGACAUAGCUUUGGCGCCCUACGGAGAGCACUGGAGGCAGAUGCGCAAGAUCUGCACCCUGGAGCUCUUCAGCGCCAAACGGGUUCAAUCCUUCCGCCACAUCAGGGAAGAAGAGGUGUCGAAUCUCGUGGCUGCUCUGUCUCGCGCGGCGGAUGCAGGGGAGCCUGUGGAUCUGACUCGGAUGUUGCUUACAUUAACCAGUACGAUUACUUCCAGGGCGGCGUUCGGCAGAGUACAGGAGCUGAACGACGCGUUUCAGAUGGUCAUGGACAAUAUUUCGGAUGUCUGCGCUGGUUUCAAAAUCUCCGAUCUCUAUCCUUCCGUCAAAUUGCUCCCUGUUUUGACUGGGUACAGAGCAAAACUGGUGGAGAUGCGUAAAGCAGCAGAUUCGGUGCUGGAUCGAAUCAUCGAUGAACAUAAGUCGAGAAGAAGGGCGGGGAGGGAAAAUGGUGGUGAAAAAGAGGAUCUUGUUGAUGUCCUUUUGAAUUUUCAAGAGGAACAUGAUCUUGGAAUACCCAUUACCAUGGAAGUCAUAAAAUCAGUCACUACGGAACUGUUCAUAGCUGGUAUUGAGACAUCGUCAACGGCGAUAGAAUGGACAAUGUCUGAAAUGUUAAACAAUCCGCGAGUGUUUCAAAAGGCGCAGGAAGAGGUCCGUCAACUGUUCGACGACGAGGGCAGAAAAGAUGUGGACGAAGCGAGCCUUCAUCAACUUACGUAUUUGGAUAUGGUUAUCUCGGAAGGUCUGAGGUUACACCCUCCGAUUCCUUUACUUCUUCCAAGAGAAAACGGGGAGAAGGUGGAACUCGGUGCAUAUGUUGUGCCAAGCAACACCAAAGUCAUUGUGAAUGCCUGGGCGAUCAAUCGGGAUCCACGUUAUUGGGUCGACCCCGAGAAAUUCCACCCUGAGAGAUUCUUAGAUUGCUCAACCGACUACAAGGGGAAUGAUUUCCAUUUCAUUCCUUUCGGUGCAGGAAGAAGAGUAUGUCCGGGAAUUUCUUUCGGAAUGGUGGUUGUUAAACUCGCACUAGCGAAUCUGCUCUAUCACUUUCAAUGGGAACUUCCAUCCGAAAUGAAACAAGGUGGCAUCGAUAUGGCUGAAAGCUUUGGAACAUCACUUAGAAUGAAGAAUGCUCUUCGUUUGAUUCCAGUUUUGUAUGGUAGCAAGGCCUAAAUAAAAGAGAGAACCAACGACAAAUAUGUAAUAAAUAAGUGAGAAUUCUCGUUAGGAGAUAUUCUAUUUUCCUUGGAAAAAAUCCAAAAAUACACACAUUAUUAAAAAAAAAUCUCAAAAUACAUACGUUAUAAAAGAUAUUCCCAAUCUAC